UACCCUCCAAGACUAAAGUUUUAGCUUCAACUAUUCAACACAAUUCGGAUAGCUCUUCCCACCACGCGGCUCUCUAGUGCGUGUGUUCCUACCCAGUACACUGAUGCGGGGCAAAAUGGAAUGGUUUCCCUACUGCAGACGGUAUUGGGCCCACUAAGGGUUCUCUCUAACACGGCCACGCGCAGUUAAAGAGAUUGGAGCUUGUAUUUCUACCAACCAAUCCUCUCUUCAAAAGACGCGACGCGAGAGCCCAAUUCUUCUUCGUUUUCUCAACUUUGUUCCCUACAAAAUCUCGCUCUUCUCUCUCUUUUGUAUUAGUUUUCUGCUUCAUUUAUCUUUUUGAUUUGUUUUCUUGGAUCUUGGGGAUAAAGUGUGAAAAAAUGAGAGCACCAAACAUGGCAACGAUCACUGAAUCGUUAGAGAGGUCUCUUCAGAAUUGUUCUCUGAAUAACCAUCAAAGAAGCACCAGCGUUAAUUUAGGCCUAAGUGCUGAAGAAGGAACAGGAAGGUCAUCAAGUUCAGAUGAAAACAAUCUUCACAAUACUGAUACAACUUUAGAGCUUAAUUCGCAUCUUUCCCUCCCUUACCAUUGGGAACAAUGUCUUGAUUUAAAGACAGGAGAAGUUUAUUACAUAAACUGGAGGAAUGGGAUGAAAGCGAAGGAAGAUCCAAGAACAACCGCAGAGUCGAGUGGCGAAUACUAUUCUGAGGAAGACGAUAACUCAUACGAUAGUGAAGAGUCAUCAUCAGCAAGAUACCAUAAUCGUGGAGGAGACAAACACAACGUCUUGGUGGUGGCUGGUUGCAAGAGUUGUCUUAUGUAUUUCAUGGUCCCCAAGCAAGUUGAAGAUUGCCCAAAAUGUAAUGGUCAACUACUCCACUUUGAUCGAUCCGAAAAUGGAUCUCCUUGAAGCCCGGUUCAAUUUUUUGCUGCUCCUUUAAUUUAUCUUUUCUUAUUUUUUCCCUGUCCCUGGUUUUUGUCUCUAAUUAGAAUCUUUCUUUUUUCCAACGCCUGGAGAAUUUUCAGUAUGAAAUUCAAGAAAAGCCUAGAUAAAUAUCAGUUAUAAGUUUACUGUUA